CAGGUAAGACUGUCGUUGCCCGGAGCGUAGUUCGUUGGAAGUCAGUGUCAUUCCUGGUGCGGUGCGAGUUGGAUGUGUCGAUGUGCCUUAGUCAGUGAGCGUAAAUGAUUAUGGUAUCCAAACAGUUUUAGGUGUUUUCCUUGCGAAUUUAAGUUGUUACUGUGUUUUUAUUUUGAACAAAUGAGCAAUAAUUGUGGCGAAUGAUGCUUAAGGACCACGUAAAGGGCACAGCGUCACUGGCUGUGCUCCUCCUGCUAUCCGUGCUACGAUGCGGGGCGCAACAACCUGAAGCCUUCACCACCUUCCCGCCCCACGCAACCUUCCUCAGCACGGCCGCCAUACCUACGGCACACGCAGAAUUCAUACCACAGGGCGUGUCGGUUGGCAGUACGGCACGCGAGGGGCACUUCACGCCAGGGGCGCUGGUCGAGCUGCCGGUGCCACUGAGCCUGCGACGCUACACUUCCUUCAGCGUCAAGACCUGCUCUCCUGGGCCCCUCCUGGCCCAGACGGGACAACUGGGCCUCGCGCUCAGCUUGCAAGUGACUGACGAAGGUCAGGUUCGUCUGAGGCUGACGGGCGAGAACGUCACGCACGACGUCACUGCGCCGCGCAACGUCGCUGACAACGCCUGGCAUCACGUCUUCCUCAGGUUUGAGCUCGGUGUCCUCAGCCUGGGUGUUGACGACACGCUGACGGUGGUGGAGAGUCCUGCAGGGGCGUUGGUCGAGGCGUUCGAGCAGCAACUCCAACGCCAGCCUGGUGACCACGUCCUGACGGUGGGCGGUGGAACCUUCAGUGGGUGUGUGCUGGAGGGCGCUGGUGUGCCGCUGUCACGCCCCUUCACCAGACACGUGGGCGUGCAGUGGGGCGUCUGCCCUCUGCCGCAGGGCAGGAAUUGCAGUGGAUACGACACGGACCCUUGCUUCAGCGCCCCCUGCGGCAGCCACGGCGUCUGUGAGGUCACCAACGAAGACGUGCGCUGCAACUGCUACCUGCGCUACACUGGCCCCACGUGCCUCGUAGAUCAGGGUCCGCUGUGCAGUCUGCCGCAGUUCGCGUGCAGUAACGGCGGCCUGUGUCAGGAGGACUGGCGUGGCAACGAGACCACGUGCGCGUGUCCUGCUAACUACACCGGCAGCCGCUGCGAGCUACACGUGCUGCACGUGUGUGAGGAGAACCCGUGCCUGAACGGCGGGACGUGCGAGCUGUCUGUGUGGGGAGACAUGUCGUCGUGCGCGUGUCCCGUGGGCACGUACGGCCGCUACUGCGAGCACCAGCGCGACGACUGCGCCUCCCUGCCUUGCCUGCACGGCGGGGCCUGCAGUGACCGCAUCAACGGCUUCACAUGUGACUGUCGGGGCACUGGGUAUCGCGGCGUUACGUGUGGCGAGAACAUUGACGAGUGUGGCGAGGAGGCGCCGUGUGGCAGCGGCGCCACUUGCUACGACCUGUACGGCGGCUACGAGUGCGUCUGUCCGCUUGGCCUGCAGGGGCCCAACUGCAGUCUGUCCGUAGACGCGUGCUCCACUGCACCGUGCCAGAACGGAGGCACGUGCGUCGGUGGUGUCGAUAACUCGACGGCCUCGUGCUCGUGCCCACGAGGGUACGAGGGUGCCCACUGUGAGCUGGACGUCGACGACUGCGUGAGAGCAGCGUGCCCUCACAACUCCCAGUGUAUUGACGGCCUCAACGAAUUCUUCUGUCGCUGCGUACCUCCUUACUCUGGCACGCCCCCAGACUGCGUGCUGCCCAGCGGGUGUGGGGAGCGCCCCUGCCUCAACGGGGGCUCCUGUGUGCAGGGCGCCGACGCCUUCUCCUGCCUCUGCGUCCCUGGCUUCUCGGGAGAUCUGUGCGAGAUGGCUGAGGUGUCCAGCACGGCGCGCAUGGUGGAGCCUGCGUGUGAUGCGGACACUUGCCGCAACGGCGCCACCUGCACCCUCUCCCCAGCAGGUCCAGUCUGCACCUGCACCCCAGGCUUCACGGGGCCGCGGUGUGACGUCAACAUCGACGAGUGCAGCCUGGGGCUGUGUGUACACGCGGCCUCUUGCACCGACACCGUGGGGAGCUACGAGUGCAGCUGUCAGGAGGGCUGGCAGGGCGAGUCGUGCGACGUGCUGCAGGACCUGUGCGCCUCGACGCCCUGUCGUCACGGCGGCGUGUGCACCCAACGCGGCGCCUCCUACAGAUGCUCCUGCCGUCCUGGCUACGCUGGCCGGCAGUGCGAGACCGACAUCAAUGACUGCGCCGGGGUGACUUGCCUCAACGGAGGCUCCUGUAGGGACGGCGUCAACAGCUACACCUGCGACUGUCUGCCGGAGUUCGCAGGUCUCCACUGCGCCGAGCCCUACAACGCCUGUGUCUCUGACCCUUGUCUCAACGCCGGCCUCUGCUUCUCCAGCGACGGACAGCCUGGCUUCACGUGCCAGUGUAGCGUUGGCUUUGAAGGCAAUGAUUGUAGUGUAAAUAUCGACGACUGCGUCGGUGUGGAAUGCACCAACGGUCGCGUGUGUCACGAUCUCGUGAACGGCAGCGAGUGCCGCUGCCCAGCAGGCUUCACUGGCCCCUCCUGUCAGGACCAGGUGAACGAGUGUGACAGUUCCCCCUGCCUCCACGGGGCCACGUGUGUCGACGGGAUCGCCAACUACACGUGCGUGUGUCCACGUGGCUUCACUGGCCAGAAUUGCGACACGGACAUAGAUGAGUGCUCGACCCCUGGGCUCUGUAACAAUGGCAUCUGCGAGAACACAGAGGGCGCCUACCAAUGCUACUGCCUGCCGGGCUUCUCCGGGGACCACUGCAGCGUCGAGUUCGACGAGUGUCUCUCACAUCCGUGCCACAACAACGGUUCCUGCAUCAACCAAAUCAACGGCUACGAGUGCCUAUGCCUGCCUGGCUUCACUGGGGCGGACUGUGAGACAGACAUCGAUGAGUGUGAGGGCGACCCAUGCCUUCAUGGGGCGACCUGCAUCGACCUCAUCGCUGCCUUCUCGUGUGUCUGCGUCCCGGGCUACACGGACUCGGUCUGCUCCACCAACAUCGACGAGUGUGAGCCUGGACCAUGCGAGAACAGCGGCCAGUGCAUAGAUGGCAUCAACAGCUACUCGUGUAACUGCUCCGACACAGGCUUCAAGGGCGACCACUGCGAGGUCAACAUCGACGACUGUGAACCGCGGCCCUGCCAGCAUGGCUCCAACUGCACCGAUCUCGUCAAGGAUUAUUCCUGUUCCUGCCACACAGGCUAUGAAGGAAAGAAUUGCCAGAUGGACAUCCCCGAGUGCGCGUCCUCGCCCUGUCAGUUCGGGGGCACCUGCUACGAGCGCAGCAACACGACGCUCUACGAGCUCGGAGUGUUCGAGCGCUUCUCGUUCGCUACUGCGGGGGGCUACGUGUGUCAGUGCAUUCCCGGAUUUACAGGCGACAACUGCGAGAUAAACAUCGACGAGUGCGAGAGCAGCCCCUGCAUGCACGGGGCCUGCGUGGACGGCAUCAACUCGUACGAGUGUCACUGCGAGCCUGGCUACGAGGGAGCCAACUGCGAGCAGGAGAUAGACGAGUGUCAGCGCUACGAGCCCUGCGUGCACGGCUCGUGUCGCGACCAGGUCGCUGAUUACAAGUGCGAGUGCGAGUUGGGCUACGGCGGCAAGAACUGCUCAGUGGCGCUGCUCGGCUGCCUUCAAGUGGAGUGCCUGAAUGAAGGCUCGUGUGAAGCGCUGCUCUUCAAUGAGACGCUUCACGACUUCACGUGUCACUGCCAGCCUGGCUUCACCGGCAGGCAUUGCGGGGACUCCACUACCUUCUCCUUGGCUGCCUCCUCUUACCUGCUCGUCGACUCCAAUGUUAAUGCCACUUCUGGCUACUCGCUGGAGAUGUGGGUACGGACCACGCUGCCCGACGGUCUACUGGCGGUGGGCAGCGGCCAGACUUACUUCAGUCUCGCCCUCAACGCCGGCAGACUUAACUUACAUUCUUCGCUUCUUAACCAGUGGGAAGGCAUAUUUGCAGGGGCGUCUCUGAACAGCGGGGCGUGGCAGCGCGUGGCCGUCAUCAUCAACGAGAGUCACGUGCUGCUGACGGGGGGCAACGAGUCCUACGCGCACGCCAUCGCGCCCCUAGACGACCACACGUCCUUCACCUCUACUGUCUUGGGUGGUGCGAUCGCCACGCUCAGAUCUGUCACGAACGACGCGCCCUUCCUGACGGGCUGCAUACAGGACGCUGUCGUGAACGGGCAGCCCGUCGUGCCUGCGCUCAUAACUGCCAGGAACAAGGUGAACAUCACGGAAGGAUGCCCCAGGGAGGAACAGUGUCAGCCCAACCCUUGCCAGAACUCCGGCCGCUGCAGUGACCUGUGGAACACGUACGAGUGUCACUGUCGCCGCCCUUAUCUGGGUCGCACUUGCCGACUUAGUUUUACUGCAGCGACGUUCGACAAUGAGAACUCGCGUAACUCUCUGGUGACGGUGGCGCUGCCGGGGGCCGAGGGCGCCGCCUACCGCUCACACAUCGACGUGUCCCUCAUCGUCAGGACCAGGAAGCCCCAGGGACUCAUCUUUUACAUCGGGUCCCAUCUCAACAACACCGGCGCAUCAUACCUGCUGUGUGCCCUGGAGGAGGGCCGCGCUGUGGUGCGCCUCAGUCUCGGGGGGCGCCAGGAGCAGUUCACAGCGCCCCCGCCCGCCCUGCAUGACGGCCAGCCUCACCUGCUGCAGGUGACUCGAAGAAAUGAUCAAUUGUUCGUGUUGAUUGAUGAAGUCGAGCGCCUGAACACCUCCCUCUCAAUCGGGGGGGACUUCCUGCCCGAGGUGAUGUACCUGGGAGGCCUGCCCCCCUCCACGUCUCUGACCCCCUGGCCUGCCUCUACCUUGGCUAGGGUCAGACGCCAGCUCGGCGUCCGCAACAACGACAACGACGACUCCUCAAUCAAUAACAGAAUCACCACCGGCAGCAGCGGCGAUAAUAACGGACAAGAUCUGUCCAGGCCAACUGUUGGUGGUGUCUCAACCUUCAACCCUGAUUUAUCUGAGAACCAUUUUGAUUCUACCAUUCCUUUUGAGGAGACGGUUGACUUGACGUCGAGACGAACAUCAGUUGAGUUCACGGCCACCACUUCUGAACGCGCGGAUGUCUUGGAAGCAACCUUGUCUCCCCGUGGAGACUCCCGCGAAGCAUCUGUCUCAUCCACAGUCACACCCGCGCCUCCGUCGACACCGUCGCCAGUGGUGGCUACCACGUCAGUGACGCCCGACAGUCCCGUGCAUUUCAAGGGAGUACUUCAAGACAUUAGGAUCAGCAACGGUUCCCUGACGCAUCUUGUUCAACCAUUCGCCAUAAAAGACGUCGGAGAAGAGCAAUUCAGCCUCCCCGGGCUACAGUUGGAUUCAUUUGAGUUAACAAACGUGCUGAUGGGCACCGUGUCGGACUCUGCUUGCGACCCAAACCCUUGUAGGAACGAGGCGACCUGCAACGUCACGUGGAAUGAUUAUCAAUGCACGUGCACGUUUGGUUUCAAGGGCAAAGACUGCGACGAGCUGGAGCACUGCGCCAUCCACGGCUGCCCCGACAACUCUGUGUGCCGUAACCUAAUGGACGGCUACGAGUGUCUUGCGGACCGCACCAUGAACGGCGUCAACGCUACGGCCUCCUUCACGGCCGUCUUCACGGCGCCCCCUGCCGUCGUCAACGAAAUAUCCAUCGCAUUUAGAUCUCAGAAUGGCGGCGUGAUGUUUGUGGCUGAGAUGGAGUCCGCUGCUGUGGAGAUCGGCGUGGUGGCUGUGGCGGACGGUGCAGUGAUUGCGGUGCUGCAGGGCAACGCGUCUGAAGCUCUGCGUGUGGACUUCUUCUCGUCACGGGCGCUGGACGGGGACUGGCACGUCCUCAACGUCACUCUGGUGCCUGGCACGAGUGUGCGGGUGGUGCUCGACAGCGCCAAUCUUACGCCGGUCAGCCCUCAGCCAACCAUCAUCGACAUGACCAUCUUGACGCUCCAUGGAAAUAUCCACCUGGGAGGAGGGCAAUCCUCGUCGACAGGCUUCACUCUUGCAGGCGGAGAACAUUUGGGAGACCACGUGCCAGCAGAUGCAGUGGUGGCAUCAAGCGUUGCCCUGCCGCCCUUCUACCGCGGGUGUUUCGGUGAGGUGCGCGUGCAGAGUCUCCUGCUGCCGUCAUACCCCGCCCAGCUCCUCAGUGGCGACGCCUCUCCUAAUAAAUUUCAACUUAUGUUGGAAGAAUCAGGCGAGCUUGGGUGUCGUGUCUGCUACGAUCACGAGUGCGAGCACGGCGGUCACUGCGCAAGUCCUGCUGACAACUUCACGUGCUCGUGCCUCAGUGGAUUCGAAGGACAUUUUUGUGAGAUCAACAUCGAUGAUUGUGUGGGCAACACGUGCCAGAAUGGCGCCUCGUGUCGGGAUGGCAUCGACUUCUACAUGUGCGAGUGCGCUGCUGGCUACACUGGAGCCAAUUGCGAGACGGAAAUCAACGAAUGUGAAGCACAGCCUUGCAUGCACGGCGGUACGUGUACGGACAACGUGGCUUCGUUCACGUGCGCGUGUACGGAGGACUACGUUGGUGACACGUGCGCUGACCUCAAGAUCAACAGCUGCGAAAACAGGAGAUGCCAAAACAAUGCCACCUGUUCCGACCUUUUUCUCAGUAUGGAAAGUCAGCUGUCGCGAGUGCCCGACAAUUAUUCGUGCCAGUGUCUCUUCGGCUACACGGGCCAUGACUGCGACACCGUCGUCGAUUUCUGCAAGGAUAUCAACUGCCACUUCGGCACCUGCAGCCUCUCGUAUGUCAAGCCUGGCUGGAGGUGCUCAUGCCAGAAGGGCUACGAAGGGCAGCUGUGCGACAACGACAUCGACGAAUGCGCAUCGGGACCUUGCCUGAACGGAGCGGCCUGCACCGAGUCUGUGGACUCCUACCAUUGCGACUGCCUGCCUGGCUGGGAAGGUGAGACGUGUAAUGAAGACGUGGAUGAGUGCGCGUUGCAUGUAGCCAACUGCAGCGACAUCAACCAGUGCAUCAACACGCCGGGCUCUUUCGAGUGUGACUGCCCUGACGACUUGUGUGGCAGCACUUGUUCUCUGCACAACCCAUGUAUGGAAUUCCAGUGUUACAACGAAGGCGUGUGCGUGCCGCAGUGCGAUGAGAGCUUACCUGCUGCGUCUAACCAGACGUGGCCCUUCUGUAACUGUGCCGAGGGCUGGGUGGGCGAGACCUGUCAGGAGCCUCAGUCGCUGCUGUCGUCGACGGCCCUGGCCAUCCUGAUCGGCGCGCUGGUGGGCGUGAUGGUCAUCUGCGCCGUCGUGGGUCUCGUCGUCUUCUUCAUGAUGGCCAAGAAGAAGCGAGCCACUCGAGGAACUUAUUCUCCUAGCAGACAAGAGUUCUACAGCCCUCGAGUGGAGAUGGACGCUAUGAUGAAACCUCCUCCAGAAGAAAGAUUAAUUUAGUUAGCCUUGUUUGUACAUUGUAACUUUAACCCUCGACUCCUCAGUAUUUUAACAUUGUGUCCAGAUAACUUUUGACUGUCUCAGAGUUUUAUCUCUUUAAUUAGUGUGCCCAGUGUGGUGGCUCAAUACGCUACACAUGAAUACGGUAGGAUUGAAUAGCAGGUUGAAUUAUUAGUAAGACUUAAGACAAUAAUGCAUUGAAGUGCCUUAUUUUCUGGUGAUAUUUGUAGCCUUCCAUGUCCGUCCUAAUCUUCCCGAAGUAGUCUGGGCUCAGUCCACUUAGUGAUCUCAAGUUCAUUUCUCCCUCAUUUCAUUAUUCCUGAUGAGCGCGUAUCACUACAGUAAAUUUUCCAUAAACCUCAGAACUUGGCAUAAUUAUGUACCCGUCUUUUUACUCGUAAAGUGCAGGGCAUCUCCUUGCUUUUAGUCUAAUUGCAGGUCUCCAUGACUAGGAAAACAAGCGACGCUCAGGUAGUGAAAUUGAUUAUUAUUGAAUACAAUAAAAUUUGUAUUAUUGCACAUAGAAAAUUUUAUUUGAGCUUUUUAGCGUUUCCAUGUUGCAUUUCCCGGCUAUGUUGAAGCUGAGGCUGCUAACUGUUACUAGAAAUUAGGUAUGCACUGCGUGCUCGGAUUGUAUGGAGCAGCUCAAAGAAAUUUUCACUUGCGCGAGUCUCAGCCUCCUAAUUACAGUGCAAUUAUUUUCGCGUUAAGAAUCAUUCCAUUAGCGUUUUCUGAGGAUCAAAGAGCUAGUUAAGUCUGUACAUAAUGUAUGUUACAUCACUAGUUAUAUAGGUUGUUGAUUAAAUUGUAUGACGAUUGUUUCAUAAUGCAAGAAUACGUAUUUUUAUUAAAAUUAUUCAAGUCAUUUUACGACUACUAACUCUUAUAUCGGGUCCUGCUCAAGAAUCAAAACGCUGACCUGUUCGCAACAAGAAGUUCCCGCGCUGCCUUGACCUCUGUAUUUUCCCAGCUAUUACAUGUAAGAAAUCGAUAUGAUAGAAUAUGCUAUGUAAGUCACGUCCAUUAUCUUGUAACUUAUUUAUACAGUACGGUGUCCUCAAUAUCGCUGCAGUACCUAACUUAUAUGACGGAAUGUCUUAAUAUUUGUGCAACGAGUGCUGUGUCUGUGCUGCAGAUCAAGCUCUGCAAAGGAUAAUAAUCUUAGUGCUUAUCAUUGCCUCAAUAGUUUUAUACGAACAAACUUGUUGAAUGUGUAAGAGCUACGACUGUCUUCGCGGUGGUCUACUGAUAUUCCUAGGACUGGCGUGACCGUCGAUUUGUUGAUCUUAAACUCGUUAUCAUCGAAAAAGUUUUUAAGUUACAGCUUGUGGAAAUGCAUGCUUUUGGAUUAUUUCGCUUCAAUUUUCAAACUAAACAUUUCGAAAUUAUUCUAUUAAUUUCAGUCUGUUCUUGAAGGUUUUAGAAGGGCUUUUAUACUAAAAUUUCAUUCUCAUUAUAUGUACUUGACGUUGUGGUCCACAGAGCUCACCUAUAAACUUCGUAUAGCGGCAUUAGCGUCUUUAGACUCGGCAUUUGUUUCCUCUCUAUUCGGUUAAGUUAUUUACUGUCACAAUGACGCGUCCCAGGUAACAUUUGUACGAGUUGUCUACCUCUACAACAUCGCGGCAUGAAUGCACUUGCAACUUCUCCCUCAUCAUGCUACAUAGUUUUGCAACAAUGCAAUCCUGAUGAUGUAGGCACAUUUGUACCUAUACCAUCCGACAAGGGUUAAAUUACCCCAGAUUUAUUGCCAGAUAUUGUGUGUUUUUUUGGGAAUAUUCUUUGUUGUAGAAAAUCAAUAUUUAAAUAAUAUACAUUCCAAUAUUGGCCGUCAUCAGAUGGAAAUUGCUUGUUAUUUAUACUUUGUAAAAGCUGCUUCGGAUUAUUGCAUGUAUUGCUUAGUUUACCCGAAAUUGUUAUUGCU